AUGCGUUUCUUACAAUGUCUGCUCGCUACAACAUCUCUUUACACUAGUGUCACGGCAUUUGUGCCCUACCACAUAGAGCUUAGUGAAUUCGUUCCCGAUGCCGCCAGUGAUAAGCUACAGCGUCGUUUUUUCCCAUAUGAGUUGCCGUCGGAGGACGUGAAGGAUGAACGGGAAUCAUCCAUUGGGGAUGAUACUUUCACCCUGGACAUCAAAAGGGCCUCGUUUCGCCGUGACAACAAUUUCAAGAUUAUGUUAUCAGAUGAUCCCACGUCACCCAACACGGCCGCGCUCAACCAAGGCGGGAAUGACUAUACCUACUUUGCAGCCGUCAAAGUUGGCUCUCAAGGUCAGAAGAUGUGGAUGAUGCUCGACUCCGGUGGUGUCAAUACAUGGCUCUUCGGGUCGGACUGCACGACAAAUUCCUGCAAACUACACAACACGUUUGGUGAACACGCAUCGACAAGCCUCCUACUAACCAACAAGAAAUGGGGCGUGGGUUAUGGAACCGGGCAGGUUAGUGGAGUCCUCGGAAAUGACACCCUCUCGAUUGCUGGUAUGAAUGUGCGUAUGUUGUUCGGGCUGGCUUCCAAUGCGUCGGACCAGUUCCAGAAUUACCCCAUGGAUGGUAUUAUCGGCCUUGGCCGCGCAGAGGAAGGGUCGUACGGUCCUUCAUUUAUGGAGGCCGUCAUCGAGCAGAAAGCCCUCAAGUCAAACAUUGUCAGCUUCAGCCUCUCUCGCGCCGCCGACGGUGGGAAGGAUGGUGCUGUGACCUUUGGUGGCGUCGAUAAGACUAAAUUCACUGGGAACAUUUCGUACACCGACGCUCUGAGUGGUAAUAAUCGCUGGACCAUCCCUCUGGAUGAUGCCAGCGUGAAUGGCAAUGCCUGCAAUUUCGUCAACAAAACGGCCAUCAUCGACACCGGCACAUCCUACGCCCUGAUUCCGCCGAAGGACGCAGCCGCAUUGCAUAAGUUGAUUCCGGGUUCCAGUGCCUCGGGAGACGAAAACUUCGUUAUCCCUUGUAAUUCCACCGCCAAGGUUGAACUCACCUUUUCAGGCCAGAGUUAUUCAAUCUCUCCCAAGGAUUAUGUCGGUUCGAAGUACGGGUCGGGUUGUGUUUCAACGAUCAUCGGCCACCAGAUGUUCGGUGACAACGAAUGGCUCGUCGGCGAUGUCUUCCUCAAGAACGUGUAUACAGUGUUUGAUUUCGACAAAGACCGCGUCGGGUUUGCGGUGCUGCCACCGGAACCGAUAAGGCUGACUCCGCUACUGCCGCCACUGCGAGCUCAACUACGACGGAAUCUACCUCUGCUGGCGUGA